AUGGUCCACAAAGUUCUCUUCUGGAGCGGCUUCGGAAUUGCCGUCCGCCUUUGGCAACUCGGUAUUGAGAUGCGUCCUAUCCUUGCCAAGGAAUCCCUCUGGGUUUACCCUCUUUUCGCCGGUGUUGGUGGAAGCUUCGGUUACUGGCUUCAGGGUGUUGAGAACCGCCAACUCAAGAUGCUCGCACAGCGCCGUGAGGCUAUCCUCGAGAAGCGCCGACGACGGGACCAGCGUGAGGGUCUGGGUCUCACCAAGGUUGAGGAGGGUGCUGUCCUUGCUGCCACAUCAUAA